CUGCACUGCAACAUUUUUGGUGGCAAUUCUAAAACCCUUCCCAAGGCUCCCACAACACUCCUUCCCCCUACCUAUGGCUUCCAGGCGCAUGAGGGCAUUCAAGCGGUGGAUGAAGUCCAAAGGUUUCCAAUGGUGCGAUGCACUUGAGUUUGUGGACACUCCAGAAGAGGGAAUAAAGGUGAGAGCUUUGUGUGAGUUGAAGGAAGGUGAUGUUGUGGCCAAGAUGCCAAAGGAAGCUUGCCUCACCACCAAGACUAGUGGGGCACGUGAGAUCAUUGAAGAGGCUGGUUUGGAUGGCCAUUUGGGGCUAGCAUUUGCCAUCAUGUAUGAGAGAAGCUUGAGUGGAGACUCCCCUUGGGCUGGCUACCUUCAACUCUUGCCUUUCCAAGAGUGUGUGCCAAUUUGUUGGACCCUUGAUGAAGUAGAUGAGCUUUUGUGCGGCACUGAGCUUCACCAGACAGUUCAAGAAGACAAGGCUCUUAUCUAUGAGGACUGGAAGGAGAAUAUUCUUCCCCUAUUGGAGGUAGCACCUUCUAAACUAAACCCAAAAUUCUUUGGUAUAGAACAAUACUUUGCAGCGAAAAGUCUUAUAUCUUCACGAUCUUUUGAGAUUGAUGAUUACCAUGGUUUUGGCAUGGUUCCCCUGGCAGAUCUAUUCAAUCAUAAAACAGGUGCAGAGGAUGUGCAUUUCACUGCUAUGUCCUCUAAUUACGAAUCUGAUACUGAUGUUGAUGGUUGUAACAAUGAUGAAGGCAUUGUUGAGGAAGAAGCAUUGGCUCAAAAUUCCUCUAUAGAUAUGACUGUGUUAAAUACUGCUAAUGUUGAGAACUGUGUUGUUAGUGACAUAGAGAGUUCUUUAGUCAGUGAGGGUGAUACUUCUAUGCUGGAGAUGAUUAUGAUAAAAAAUGUCAGCGGUGGGGUUGAGGUAUUUAAUACUUAUGGGCUAUUGGGUAAUGCUGCUUUGCUUCACAGAUAUGGAUUUACUGAGCAAGAUAAUUCCUAUGAUAUAGUAAACAUAGACAUGGAACUGGUAAUUCAAUGGUGUUCUACCGCGUUCUCUGACCGGCACUGUAGAGCAAGAGUCUCCCUUUGGAGAAGGUUAGGCUAUUCUGCCUGUGGAAUCCAAAACUCUGAAUAUUUUGAGAUCUCAUUUGAUGGGGAGCCACAAAUUGAACUCCUCAAUUUAUUACAGAUCAUGUUAUUACCAGAUACUGCUUACCAUAGGUUAGACCUAUCGGUAUCAGUUUCUGGAAAUUGUCAUGAAUCAAAUGGAGCCAGUACCACCCUUCUGAAUGACAAUAUAAUUCCUAAUAAAGCCUUUGAUAUGAGCAAGAAAUCUUUGCUGCCUAAAAAUGUUUGUGGUGCCCUGUUGUCACUUGCUGAUAUGAGGGAGAGUCUCUAUGGUUCAAAAUCAAUUGAAGAUGAUAUUGAGGCAUUGGGAAGGUGUAGUUUAGUUAGAGAGAAAAAGCUGUACCAUUCUUUGAUGCUGCGGAUCAAUGAAAGGAAGGUCCUUCAAAAGCUCAGAAAUUAUGCUUCACAGCCUUUUAAAGUCACUAACCAGAGUUUACCGAGGAAGAAGUUGAAAAGGACAACAAAGAAAUCGAGUUGAUUUUUUCUUUUAUUUUUAUUUUUAGUUUUUGUUUUAUUUAUUUAUUUCCAUGAGAUGCUUUAACUUAUGUUUUGAUGCACCAAGUCAUUGGCCUAUGCAAAGAAGCUAAGCCGCCUCUGGUUUUUGUUUGGCAUUCAGCAAUAACAAUUCAUGUAUCGUUUAACUUCCAUUAGUUAUGGUUUUUUUAUCCACUGGUCUU